AUGCAUGCCACAGUUGACGGUCCAACUUUUUCUGCGACUGACCGCGCGACGCACCCAUCCAACGCCCUGGGGAGCAGUAAUCACGACGACGAGCCCUCCCCCACAAACCUGUCCGCGUCCGACAAGGCCCGACCGUCAAUCCUUCGCCGUCUGUCUCCCGCGUUAGCGGCCCGGGUGAAGCUGCUGGACGGCAGCAACAAGGCGACGAACUCGUCUCGGAAUCCCAACGUCGGUCGCAUCCCGGAAAAGCACCUCAAGGAGCUCGACAGUCUCCACCAGGACCUCUCGAUCAAGGUUGAGAGGAAAGGCCAGGCGUGGAGUGGCCCGUCACUCACGUCUCCGGGACUCCAAUCGGAGCACCAAACCCGGAGCGCAUCUAACAACUUGGAAUUGCCCCGUUGCGAUCUAUUGCGAGAGGUGUCAGAGGCGCGCGGGCAAGGGGUAGACUACGCCAACGCGAUCGUGGACAGUCCGGAACUCCCCGUUGAGUCCACCGCCCAGAACCUGGCGACUACCCAGAGCCCAGAAAUUACCACCAGCAACCCGCCUACGUCCUCCAUGUCUGUUGCGGAGCCGGUUCCCGCGCAGCUGCGCGCUGACCCCGAAUCACAGGCUUUGCCCAAUGAUCCCGUCCAGGAUACUCGAACCGACUUCGAAAAAUAUGUCGACGACACGGCAAGGAGCGAAGCGCAAUCCGCGCCGGCACACCCGUCGGCAGACUCCCCGGCAGCGGAUUCUCCGUCAGCCUAUUUGAUAUCCUCAUCCAACCCGCAGUCUUCUUAUUUCAACCCGAAGGGGCUUCAACGGACGGAAUCAAUAUACUCCUUCUCUCGUGCCUCUUUCAGCAACCAGCUGUCUCAGCUAACAGCCAUUCCUCUACCGCAGCCGUCGUCGCUCGAGGCGAGUAUUGCGAAUAUCUCCACGGCCCUUGCGGCGGUCCGAGCUUUGAACGGGGCUGCCGAGCAAAUCCAGAUUUGGAUCAAGAAGGCGUCGGAUGUGCUGAGUGGACUGGAUGCGGAGGAUGAUGUGGAAUGGGCCGCGGCCGGCGGCCGAGAAGGGUUGGAUGGUGUGGACAAGGCCAUCACACGAUUCGAAUCCCUGGUCAACGUCUAUGUGACAGCUAUUGAAAACGUACAGCUACGAGAGGACAUUGCCAACGUCGACUCCGAGAGCUUGCAAAACAUUGUGAGCCAAAUGGAGAGCAUCCUGCAGAACUGGGCACAGAUCAAAACCAAACUCAGGGGCGUGAAAGAGCAGGUGGAAUUGGCAAUGGAAUGGGAGGAGCUGUGGUCGAACGUCUUGGGCGAUGUGGGCAUGGAAGUGGACAACCUGAGUGGGCUGAUCUUCGAAAUGGAGGAGAAGCGACAUCAAGCCCUGAUGGACAACGGCGAAUCCAAUGGCGGUCUCGACAUCAAUGAGCUGGAGACCAUCGUGGAAGAAUCUCCCACCAAGGGCCGAUCGCCCUCGACCAACCGGCUGAGUAUUGGGCCCAUCUUGGCGGCGGCGUCAGGCACGCCUAUCAUCAAGACACCGCAGGAUGACUCCAGUCACUCCAACCUCAUGGCCUUGUUUGCGCGCAUGCAACCUCUGCGGGCGUCGCUGGACUUCUUGCCCAUGCGGCUUUCCAUGUUCCAGUCGCGGGCCGAAGCAAUCUUUCCGAGUGCAUGUGAGGAGCUUGACGAUCGACGCAGUCGCUUGGAGAAGAGUUAUAAAGUGCUUGAGGCGGAUGCCGAAGCUCUGCGCAAGGAAUUGGGAGAGGACAAGUGGAUUCUGGUGUUCCGCAACGCGGGCAGCCAGGCCCAGAAGAUGUUCGACUCGGUCGAGCGCAGCAUCGCCAAGCUGCAAGAGGGGCUGGAGACCGGCGUGCAGUUGCACAGUCCGGCAACUCUGACCAAGCGCAUCGAGAACUACGAGGCGAAGAAGAUGCACUACGUUCCGGCUAUCGAGCGUGUGAUCAUGAUCAUCCAGAAGGGCAUUAACGACCGCCUGACGGUUAACGGCGAGAUUCUGCGGCUGCUAUCCGAUAUGACAUCUCGGACUGACGCGCUCAAGGCUAGUCUUCGCGUGAUGGACUCGUCUCUUGAAGACGUGCAGAUUGUCAAGGGCCAGCAGCUGCGUGACUCGAUCUCCAGCAUCAUCACCAUGGACAGUCCUGCGACGGGUAGUGCCAUCGAAACCCCUGGCAGCUCGCCCGCGUCGUCGGUGGUUCUCGGUGGGAGUGGAUAUAAGGGUUCUUCGACGCCCAUGGGCAGUUCGAGCCGCCGAGAAAGUUCAGUCGGCAGCGCUACCACACGCUCGGCUCUGCCAAAGAGCCGUCGUUACUCGGGCGUGCCACAGCCGGCGUCGACGUUGACGGGUCGCAAGUCCUCCCUCCCUCAGCCCAAUGGGAUUGCGUCUCCAAAUCCAUCCAGGACCAAUCCCGCACUUACACCGACGCCUGCCGCACGCAGAACAUCUCGCCUGCCACCACCAUCACCGGCGAAUAAUCGCCCACGUUGGAACGGCAGCACCAACACCCAAGGGUUGGAUACUGGGCACAACUUCAAGCCUCUCAGCACCACAACUCCCUCUACACACCGCAAAUCAUCCGCCCCUGUCCGUUCAUCGCGGCCAUCAUCGACCAUCCCACUUCCCACUCCGUUCCACCGCGACCUCUCUACCUCGCCGGCCCCCAGUGCCGGUCGAUCGGUCAGCCGUGUAUCCAGUCGCCUCACCUCUCGGAGCCCUGGACGCAACGUUUCCUCUCCCACCCCGAUCCGAUCCUCUCUCCUCGAUCCUCCGCCGUAUAGUCGACUUCGCCGGCCAUCAGGCAUGUCCAACACUCCUCGCAGCCGACAGAGCUUUGCGGGCCUCGGCUCUGCCAAUCGCAGCGCCUCGCAGAGCCACGAUGCAGGUGAGAGUCCCAGCAAGUCGACUCGUCCCGGCACUGCGCUAGGACAUUCCAGCAAUCGCCGGACUAGUCUCCUGCCUCUGCCGAAGCCGCGAAACGAAAAGGAUCGAUCUGCAGCACAGAAGAAGCUGGAUCAACGGCCGCCGUGGCGUUAA